AUUCUGCAGUCCCCUCGAUGGUCACGACGUGCCACGCGCCGCACUAUCGUCGAGUUUGAGGCUUGUGGGGUGGUGCUUGGCUGUUGCCAACAGGCGCAAUUUGCAUUUCUCCACAAACUUUGGCCAUUCGUGCGAGAGUGCAUUGGUGAAAAUUGGAUUUAGUGUCUUAGUGAAAGUGCGCGCGAGUCACUGAGAGAAAUGUACUGUGCAUGAAAUUGUGAUUAUGCUGAGAGGCGUCGAGAUGGUGAACUGCGAGUGCAAGAUGUAGAGUUGCGGAAGUAUGUGCGUUGCCUAAGAUGACUCUGAAAGUGCUAAAGGUGGCAGAAUCAGUGAUUUCCUGGUGACUCUGCAUCUUGAGAUUUUGCCCCCCUCGAAGAUAAUGACUAAAAUUUGAUACGCAAUUGUAAUGCUAACGCUAGAGGUCGUACUGAAAAAAGGAGAAAGUCUAAAAGCACGCACCCACACAUUCACGCACUACUGGCAACUACUUAAGGUUGUAGGUCGGAAAAAGCUUUUGAAUAAAUCACAACCAUCAAAAGAAGAGCGACGAGAGAAGUUUGUGAGUCAUCGUUGGCAGAAUCAUCAAGGAGCGACCGAGGAAGCGAGUGGAGAGGUGGUAGUUUCUCCGUGGAGGAGAGGAAGAGCUAUAUAAUUUGGAUUGUGUGUCUAAAUUUAGCUACAAAUCGAUAUUUGAGUAAAUAAAUAAAGUUUGAUCCUCCUCAUCCGCAGGAGAUAUCAGAAUAGGGAUUAGAUAUGCAAAUAGUUCUCGCACGACAAUGGCCGGUCCGCACUCGCAACGACCCAUCAAUGUGUACGCGACGGAGAUGGCAGAAGUGUCCUCGAGGACGCCCAUGCACCAGCCCCAGCAGGCGGGCGGCGGGGCGGCCGUGGAGGUGGCCGAAACGGUGGGCAUCGGACAGAGGACGGAGGAGGGCGUCGACGGCGCGGAGCAGUCCGUAAAUGCAAUUGCCACGAGGGGCGCCUCGAAGGAGGAGGGCGACGUGGAGGGCUCCACGAAGCGUCGCAGGAACAAGCAUAGACCCCUGCUUCGUCGCCUCUUCAACUAUGUUAGGAACACACUGAUAGGAACAAAGUCCUCAGCCGACGAUCUUGAAUUAGAGGAGCUCGAAUUGCCGCCACGAUAUAGACCUGAGUCCAUAAGUGCCCUAUGCCAAAUAACGCGAUUCAACGAGGCCGAAAUCAAGAGGAUCUACCGGGGCUUUAAGGCGGAAUGUCCCUCCGGAGUGGUUCGAGAGGACACCUUCAAGCUUAUCUACUCCCAAUUCUUCAUGCAAAGUGGCUUGGACAAUCACAAUCCUGUCUUUGCAGCCAACAGUGGACCAUAUGCUCACUACGUGUUCAAUACGCUAGAUCAGGACAAUAGUGGCAUUAUAAAUUUUGAGGAUUUUAUACAAACACUGUCGAUUCUGUCUCGGGGCUCGCUGGAGGAGAAAUUGACGUGGACAUUUGCAUUGUACGACAUCAAUGGCGAUGGGUAUGUGACCAAGGAGGAGAUGACCGACAUCGUAACUGCGAUUUACGAUAUGGUGGAGUUGGCACCAUCGGAAACGCGUGCUAUUGAGGAGCGCAUAAAGACAAAGGUAGACGCUCUUUUCCAGAAAAUGGAUACCAACCGAGAUGGUGUUGUUACAUUAGAUGAAUUUAUCGAUUGUUGUCGCAACGAUGAGGUCAUCUCGAAUUCGAUGACAAUUUUUGACGCUAUCGUAUUAUGACGUUAUCAACUGAAGUGAGCGCGAUAAUUUCGUACUAGGAAUCAUAUAGAGAACUUUUGAAUGUAAAGAAUAUAAACUCAAAAUAUUGCUCUUCUAAUUAAUAAAGAAAAAAAAGAAAAUGAAAAA